GAAAAACGUUCGAUGAAACGUUGACGACGAAAGGAAAUUCCAUAAGCAAACACGUGUCUCGUAUCGACCAUUCCGAAAGUAUCCAUGUUGAAUGUUGUUAACGCGAAGAAAUAUUUCAUUAGACAAAGGAAUCGAUAGACGCCAUAGCUAAGGACGCGACACGGUGUAAACUCGGCGUGGCGGGGCGUCAGUGCAAAUCGAGGCAGCAUGUCGGUCGCGCGCGUUCCAUCGCUCGUUGCUUCGAUCGCCGGUAUUUCGUUAAUUUUUCGAUUCGUACACGAUCGAAAUAAUGCGUUACGUUUCCUGUGUUCGGAUUUCGACUGUGCUUCUCAGUGAAUUCAUCGAAAUCGUUGGAAAUCGAGAUAUUUUGGACCCACUCUACGCGUCUCGAAAAAUCACACAGAAGAAAGGUUAUGGUCUUCGUUUGGACGACAGAAGAGUCGUGGUUGUAUCUAUUUUGCACGCGAUGCCACGGUCGCGACGACACGCCUUCGUGGGAGCCGCCGGGUUGGAGGAAAGCGUGCCCCCAACCGUUUUGCCCGAGCUACAGAAAAUUCGCCCGGCUGUUGUGCCUUUUCCUGCUAGGCCUGCUUCUCUGGGGCAUCGUGUACACGAUACUCGGCGAGGAGGCAGCCCCGGGCGGCCAGCUCUUCGGCCUCGCCACCCUCUGCAUCGCGGCUCACUUCGGGGGAUGGCUCUUCUCCUUGACCACCCUCCCCGCCCUGAUCGGCAUGCUGAUCACGGGGAUCGUGAUGCAGAACAUCGGCAUGGUGAGCAUCGACCGAAACUACGGCAUCGUCGUCUCCAAUUUUCGGAAAAUCGCUCUAGUCAUUAUCCUCACGAGAGCCGGUUUGGAUUUGGACCCGAACGCCUUGAAAAGAUUGAAGAUCACUGUGCCGAAACUCGGUCUGAUACCGUGGCUGGUCGAGGCGCUUGUGAUAGCCAUACUCACCAAGUAUCUUCUUGAUUUACCUUGGAUAUGGGGUUUUUUCCUUGGGAGCGUGGUCGCCGCCGUUUCACCGGCGGUUGUCGUGCCCUGCCUCUUCAGGUUACGCGCCAAAGGUUACGGCGUUGCCAAGGGCAUCCCAACUCUGAUCAUCGCCGUGUCUGGAAUCGAUGACGCAGCAUCGGUGGCGGUCCACGGAAUUAUACAGAGCAUUAUGUUCUUUCCUAACGCGAUACUCUGGUAUCAAAUCCUGCAGGGACCUAUCGCCAUCGUUGGAGGUCUCGGAUUCGGCGUCCUGUGGGGUUGGUUGGCCAAGUACGUUCCGGAAAAAGGAGACCCCUUUAUGGUGCCCAUGAGAGUGUUGAUGUUGUUAGGGGGUGGAUUGUUGGCAGUGUUUGGAAGCGAGGCGAUUGAGCUAGGAGGUGCCGGACCUUUGGCAGUGGUCGCAGCCGCCUUUAUUAGCUGCUAUUUCUGGCAGAAACAAGGCUGGGAAGUGGACGACAAUCCAGUGGCGACAGCGUUCGAGAUCUUCUGGAUGAUAUUCGAGCCGAUCCUGUUCGGCGUGACGGGCGCCCAGAUCAAGAUCGACGAAUUGGAGGGGAAGACGGUGUAUCUGGGCGUGAGCUGCCUUCUCGCCGGCAUAGUGAUCCGCGUGGUGGCCACCAUCCUGGUCGGCGUAGGUUCCAACUUGAACCUCAAGGAGAAAAUAUUCAUCGCCCUUUCCUGGAUGGCGAAGGCCACCGUCCAAGCCGCCCUCGCGCCCACAGCCCUCGACAAGGUCGACCCCAACGACCCUUUGCAGGUGUACUACGCCGAGACUGUGAUGACCAUAUGCGUCCUCUCCAUCUUGCUCACCGCCCCAGCCGGCGCCAUCAUGAUCACCCUCUCCGGGCCGAAGCUUCUCACCAAAACCACGGCGCCUGUCGCGCCGCCCGAGGGCUGGAAGGCGCGCAGACCCUCGAUUCGAGACAUUUCCAUCAUCAACGAGGACCCAGACCUCGAGGAGACCGCGAACGAGAGGAAGCCUUGAGGCGGUUUCCGCCUAGGAGAACCGCCUCUCCUCCCUUCCUCGAAGGGGGAUGCGAAUCGAAGUAACGAACGAGAAUUCAACCGAGGAUUUCCGCGUCGUUCGUGUUUUAUCCGAUUUGUAUAUAUCCCGAUAUAUCCGUCGAUUUAUGGAUACUCUCCUAGGAGGAGGAGGGGGGGAGUGGAUCCGCACUCCCUCGACGAGAGGACGGCGUGUGUGCGUGAGUCGCGUGUGCCUGGGGAUCGAAACAACGUGUGAAUUCGUGAAGAUUUCGUUCGAGACAGGAAUUUCUUCGAGUGGGAGAAAUGCUAGGUCGAAUUCUGAUUCGUUCCUUGAUAAUUUGGAGGGGGAGAGUGAAGUUCUUAGGGUAGUUUUUUUUCUUUUUUUUUUUUAUAGUGCCUGGAGGGACAAUUUGGUCGAGGAACAAGAAUCGACAAAGGUUGCUGCGUUACGUAUAUAUAUAUAUAUAGAUAGAAUAUCGGAACAAAUGACGCGAGCCAUUUCGAAAAUUUUAUCAUUCUGUGACAAUAAUUAUUAAUCGUUUUUCUUUUUUUGAAUAUUUUAACGAUCGAACAACUUUCUUUUCGAAACAUUUCAAUUCUCGUAAUUCUACGUUAGCGUAGUUCAAUUUUUUUUUUUUUUUACUUGACGUAGAAUUACGCGCUCAUCGGUCAGAGAGAGGAUCGCGAGAUCGAUACGUGUUCUCGUACGAAGCGGCUGCUUUAAUGUCUUAAUAACGUUCCAGAGUGGUGACUUACGCGUGGAAACCUCGAGAAGUAAUUGAACAAUUUAUCGGUGCGCUUCGUUUUCGAGAUGAGAAAGCUUGCCCCGGCCAGAGGAGAUUUCGAGAGACGGCUCGUUUUACUCUGCCUCUACGAUUGCACAACACGAUUCGAAAUGGUUCGAAACCGGAUGAAAUAUAUAUCUGUCUUACGUCGUUUCUCGAGCGAUUCGAAGAAGAAGUUAGAUCUGGUUAAAAGUUUAUUUUCUUUCUUUCUUUCUUUCUUUUUUUUUUUUUUUAAUUCUUUGUCACAACAACGUUAUUUCCGACGUUGAGAGAAUUGUAUCUUGCGUCGCAUAAUUUUGACGAGAUGAUUCAUCUUCUUAAUAUACGUACGAUCGACGAAUAUCGAAAUUAUAUAUAUAUAUGUGUGUGUGUGAGUGUGCGCGCGCGCGUAUAAAGAAGUAUGUAAGAGAAUUAAAUAAAGACUGUCAUGAUUCGACAAGUUCGAUCAUCGAUGAAGUUUCUCGACGUUCAAGAAUUUUGUUGUUCGAUCGUUUCAUGGGGAAAAGGAAAAGAUUGAAUGUUCGUGAGAUAAUUUUGUAGAAUAAUUGUUAUUAGUCCCAAUUUGUUGAUAAAGAUACGAUUUAUAAUAAUAAAAAAUUCAUAUUCGUGGUAGAAGUUGAUAGAAACUUUCUUCUUUUUUUUUUUUUUUUUUUUUCGUUUUUGAAUUUUUUUGAAGAUUCCUUCGCUGUAAACAAAUGUGCCUUCUCUCGUGAGAUGAUAAUAACGAUGCAUCCAUAUCCACGCGUGAAAUUUUACGAGAUUAAAAUUAAAAUUCUUGGAAAAAGGGAACAAGUUCGAUUUUUAACUUAAGGUAAACCGAAUGUUGUUUCUGGGAAGGGAGGAGAAGAAACUCUCGUCUCAAAGAAGAUUUAAAUUAGAUUUAGAUGCAAAAUAUUUACUCAACGCGAAAGUGAAAGUUUAAAAUAAAAAAAAAAAAGUCACGCGUACAUACGUAAAAUUUUGUAAAAUUAUUCUAAUUAUUCGUUCAUUCGUAAAUUUACACAGACGCGUUUGACGAGUUGUUGUGCCGCGUGAGCACGUGUCCCGCGUGUCUAUUUGUAUACGUGCCCGUACAAUUAACCUUGAAUACGAGAGCGAGUGCAGUAGAGUCGGCAAAUUGAUUAAUCGAUCGGUUCAAACUUGAAGUAAACUGUAUUUGCGCGUAAAUUAAUCGAUUAAUUAAUUAGCUCGAGAACACUUCGGGAUUAAUUUGCUUGGGAGGGAAGUGGAUGACUGCGAGAGUUAAAAUUUCACCGUUACUGGUGCUCUGAAUUCUGUUCGUUAUUAUGUUGGUAUUAAAGACAAUCACUGUAGCUGUCAA